AUGGCCCCAAUUACUAACGGACGAACUUUGUUCAACGAAAUUCCUUCAGGUUUUCCUGAGCCAGGAAAAACCACUGUUUACGAUACGAGCCAAACGAUCGAUUUGGAGAAUGUGCCGCUCAAUGGUGGCGUUUUGGUGAAAACACUGGUGUUAUCAGCCGAUCCGUACAUGCGCGUACAGAUGCGACCAGCUGAUAUCGAAAGUUACAUGGUAAUAUUCAGCUUGGGCGUCGGCAAGGUUAUUCGAUCCGAAAGAGAAGGGUUCAAAGCUGGUGACUAUGUAUAUGGGCUGCUGGACCACGCCGAAUAUUCUAUCCCCAGCCCUGAUGUACCAAUCUUUGGCAUCAUAGUAUUCAAACCGGAGCCUGGUCUACGGUAUUCCGCAUAUAUAGGCGCAGGAGGCAUGCCGGGGCAAACGUCGUACUAUGGUUGGAAAGAAUAUGCAAACGCCAAGGCAGUAUGUUAUUUACUAUCGCACGUAUUCCUUGAUCUUUCACUGAGUGCAGUUUUCCUUCAGGGCGAAACUGUCUUUGUAUCUGGAGGGGCAGGUCCUGUAGGAAGUCUUGUAAUUCAGCUAGCCAAGCAGGAUGGUCUCAAAGUUAUCGCAUCAGCUGGCAGCGAUGAAAAGGUGCAGUUCUGCAAGGACGUCGGGGCAGAUGUGGCAUUCAAUUAUAAAACCACCAGCACGCUGGAUAUUCUAAGAAAGGAGGGUCCGUUGAAUAUAUACUGGGACAACGUUGGUGGAACGACGUUGGAUGCUGCGAUUGAAAAUGCAGCUAAUCAUGCACGCUUUGUGGAAUGUGGUGCCAUUUCGCAAUACAACUCGAAGGACGGCGUCAAGAUGAAAAACUUGGACCAAAUCUACGCCCGUCGAAUCACUCUAUACGGGUUCCUCGUCAGUGAUCUUGCGCCAAAGUGGCAAGAAGAAUUUUACAAGGUGAUACCCAAGAAACUCGCCAGUGGGGAAUUCAAAUUUACAGAGGACGUUACCAAUGGGUUGGAGAAUUCUGGACAAGCAAUACGAGAUGUACAGACUGGAACAAACACGGGAAAGAAGGUGAUUGUUGUUGCACAAGAGUAA